ACAAUGACUCAAAGGUGUGCUCUUCUCAGAAAUAGAUGCCGAGUGUCACUAUAAAUACACGCUUGGAAACUUUUAUCGACCCUUUAUCGACCCUUCAUCAUUAUCUCUCUAGAAGGGAAAACAAAGGAGCUUUUAAAAAAAACCAAAAGAAAAAAGCUUCAAAAGCGCAGGCAGAAAACCAACUGAUGCUUUUACCAGAUCCAUUUAAUACUGUUCACAGCCCACGGUCCUAUCCGUUGCUCUGUUCACGUCCUCACCAGAUCACUGUUCUUCUGCAGAGAUUAGGGUUUCGAUUGACUGGGAAGAAAAAUAACAUGUUCAUCUGAUGGAGAUUUGGCAUAGCAUCGGAUUUUGUACGAUCUGGGUAGAAGAAUAGGAUUUUUCAGCUUAGCUUUGACUUUCUAUUGGUCAGGUCAGGGAUUCGAGCUCGGGGUUUGGCAGAGGACUGCAUCUGAGGCUUGCUAGCUGAAAUCUGGGCAUUUGGGCAUCUGGGCAUUGGAUUUUAUGCAAGAAUAAACGGGCAAUACUAACCUCGUUUCCCGGUGUUCGCUCGCGUAUGCGGGUUAGGUCAAGGGCAAUCUCUCUGCUCUUUUGUUGUCAUGGACGAAGAGACCCAGAAAAGAAAUACAGACUGUGUCUAUUUUUUGGCAUCGCCCUUGACUUGUAAAAAGGGUAAUGAAUGUGAAUAUCGGCACAGUGAAAGUGCGAGGAUCAAUCCUAGGGAUUGCUGGUAUUGGAUGAGUGGAAAUUGUCUCAAUCCGACCUGCUCUUUUAGACAUCCACCAUUAGAUGGUCUCCCAGGAGCUGCAUCAUCUGGUAUUUCAGGAGCACCGUUAUCUGCAUCAUCACAACCACCAGCAUUAGCAUCAUUACCAGCACCUGUCAAUGCAAACAAACCCAAAGUUCCCUGCUAUUUUUUCAAUCAGGGGUUCUGUGCGAAGGGUGAUAAAUGUCCUUACAUGCACGGCAUACUUUCUGGAGGUAGUUUAGCUACUCAGAAGGCAACAAAAGUAAGCGCAGCAGAUCCUCAAACAAGUACGAAACAAGUGAUCAAUGAGGCAGAAAAUAUCAAGGAUGGAAAAUAUUCAUCUCCACCCAGUGUUGCAAACACAAUUCAAUCAAGUGAUCCUAAGAAAUUGCAGUCAAUCAACAACAUGUCAGCAACGCCAAAUAAUUUCAAAGCAGUGCAGUCUAGCAAACCCAUGACAUUGCAGUCAAACAACUUGAAGGCAGGGCAAUCGGGCAAUCCUGUGGGAAUACAUUCAAAUAAUGUGAAGGGGGUGCAUUCCAAUCAUACCAUGGCAGUGCACAUUCCACCAGCAGUAAAAUCUAAUUCUCAAGUGCGCUCUCAACCACCUUAUUCUCAGUCAAACAGGCAUAGUGUUGAAUUGGAUUUACCAGAGAUGGAAUCUACAAGAGAAAGGACAUACAAUGCUCCAGUUCCCAGAUCUCGUGUACGUCAUGGUCAACCUCCAGAUGACCGGCUGCAAAAUGGCAUAGAACAUGAUGAGUGGUUAGGUGAAUCAUCUCCAGGAUUUGAUGUUCUUGUAGAUAAUGGACCUGAUCAAUUAAGUCAUCACGAGGAUGCUGAUUACCGCCCUAACCAUGAUAUAGAAAUAGCAAGAGGGACAGUUAAUGGCCGUGAAAGAAAUAAGAAGAGGGAGUUUCCCCGAUUUGAUUAUGAUCAUCCAAGCAUGCAUGAGCGAACAGGUUACUCUGAUGCUGAGUAUCAAUAUAACCAUGGACCUUAUGAUCAAUAUAAACACAGAGGAUAUGACCAAGUUGGCCGGAAGCAGCUUAAUCCUUUUGAUGAUAGAGCUACAGAGAGGGCAAUUGUGCGGGAAAGGAGGUCUUUAUCUAAUGAAGAUGAUGUGGAACAGAACAAUAUUGGUGAUCUUCGGCACCGCAUUUCAAAGCGUAGGAAAUUUGGCUCAGCUAAAGCAGUGGAUAAUUCUCCGAAAAGGCAGCAUUUGGAUGCACAACAUGGUGAUUUUCAUCACGGCCAUAAGCUGUGGGAUGAUGAACAUAGACAUCAUGAUGUAACAUACAGGGAUCACUCACAGCAGGGUCUUCCGCAGAAUAAUAGGCGAUUGCAUGGAAGGAUACAAGUAGAGGCUGGUGGCUUUAAGCGAGAUUCAUCUGAAAAUGCAGAUUCUGAUUAUGAAGGAAACUCAGAACGGUUUCGGUACAAAAGCUCACCAGGCAGACGUGGUCGGAGUGAUCAUUAUAGAAGCACUUAUCAGGGAAAGGAGAGGGGCAGAAUGCUUCCAGAGGCUGCAGCAUUACCAGAAAGCAGGAGCUCAAGAAGUCAAAAUUUUAAGAACAAUGACACAAGGACAGAUGUGAUAAGUUUUGCUGGUCCUAAAACUCUUGCACAGAUUAAACAAGAAAAGAACCGUGAACAAAGUGAAGAACCUGCAAGUUCUAUACAAUCCAGAUUACAUGGAUCUGUACAGAAUGUCUCUGUUAAGAAUGAAGCCAGACUUAGACAAAAUCUCCCUCUUGAAGAAAGGAAGAUGAGAUUUGGAAAGGUAACUGAUGAAUUGAAUGAUGAACAAGGUUUUGAGGGUCCAAAGCCAUUGAGUGAUAUUUUGAAGGCAAAACGAAGAGGAGCCCAUGGAAAUGAUGAUAUCACAGGAGACAGAUCUACAGAAGAGCCAAAUCAAAAUUAUCAAGGAUUCAGUUCAGGCAUGGAUACCAAGAGUGCUGAGAAGGGAAACCUCUCACCACUGUCUGAGAAAGAAGUUGAAGAGGGAGAACUACCCGAAGGUGAUGAUUAUGCAUUUGAGCCUACUAUUAGUCAAAGAGCAGAAGAUUUUGAAGCUUCUGAUUUGGAUACUGCUAUGGAGCACAAGCCAUCAGCCCAGGGAAAUGGAACAGUGCCUGUUGAAAGAAAUGAACUAGAUGACAUGGUAAUGAAUGAAGAGAUUCACAGCAGUGGAGAGGAAGAUAUUGAUGCAGACCAUGAAGAUUAUGAUCUGGAACACUCAGAGCAUGAGGAGAAUGAGGAAUGGCAAAGGAAUGGCAAUCAAAUGCAAGAAGAAGAUGAAGAGGAAAAUUACAUUGAAGAUGAUGAUGAAGAUGAUUUUGCAAAGAAACUUGGAGGCAUCUUUUCAUGAUUCAUAACCUACCUAUAUAAUAGAAGGAAUUUAAGCUAUAUGGAAUUACACACAUGAACCAACAACAGUAACCAUAUGAAGAUGUAUGGAAACCCAUACGUGAAUUAUCAGACACAUAAUAUGAUUUUAUUGGUGUCAAGUUGCUUUACAUGGUGAUCUAGCAGCUUUGCAGGACCAUUAUUUCUUCUGUUGGCAUUGGAUCUUGCUAAUGCAGUGCAAGGUCCAAUUUGAUUUAAACUAUUGAAAAGCUUUUGUUGAAGAGAACUCACAAGUUAGUCUUGACAUGCUAAGUUUCAAGCAUAGGAAUAUCUGAGUCAGUUCCAUAAUGGGUAUUUGCUUAUGCGAACACAAAUAGGCAUUCCUAUUUAUUUGAUGAUAGCACUUUGCAGCUGCUAUUAUAAUGCAAUGAUUCCCUCCUGUAUUUUACGCAAAUUUAAGGCAUUAGGCAUACCUUAUUGGCAAUUGUCUUUGCUUUUUUUGGUUUGAUUAUAUAAUUAAUCUCAGCAUAUGCUCUAUA